CCUAGUAUCCUAAAUAUGAGCCAGGAAACUCUUUUUCAGCUUCCUAUAAUAGAUUUCUGCAAGUCAGAUCUAAAGCCGGGAACUUCAGAGUGGGACUUGGUGAAAUCUCAAGUUUGGAAGGCAAUUUCCGAGCAUGGUUGCUUCAAGGCUCUGUUUGACAAAAUUCCUCUAAAUGUCGCGAAGUCAUUUCUUGGUGAAGUGAAAGAGCUCUUUGACUUACCCCUUCAGACCAAAAGGCAACAUGUUUCUGAAAUACCAUUUCAUAGCUAUUUUGGGAAAUUCCCACCUCCGCUGCAGUUUGAAAGCUUUGGUAUUGAGGAUCCCAGCAUCUUCGAAAACUGCAACAACUUCACCAAUGUCUUGUGGCCACAUGGGAACCCAGAUUUUAGAAAAAAUAUAGACUAUUUCUCAACAAAAGUAUCAGAAUUUGAGAAACUCAUAAGAAGGAUGAUUUUGGAGAGCUUGAGUCUUGGAAAUUACUUGGAUGAACACAUGAGCUCGACUACUUGUGUUCUUAGAGUAAUGAAAUAUCAAGUGCCUCAAAUUACUGAACCAACGUAUACCUCAAAGGCCCACACAGAUAAGAACUUAAUUACUAUAUUGUAUCAAAAUCUAGUUGAUGGGCUGGAGGUACAAACCAAAAAUGGUGAGUGGAUUGGUGUGGAACUCUCACAAGAUCACUCUUUUGUCAUCAUGAUUGGGGAAUCCUUUAGAGCAUGGACGAAUGGUCGAUUGCACCCGCCGUAUCACCGCGUAAGGAUGACUGGAAGUGAGGCAAGGUACUCUGCUGGAUUGUUUUCGCUUUUCAAAGCAGGUUAUAAAAUGAAAACCCCUGAAGACUUGAUCGAUGAAGAUCAUCCCUUGCUUUACAAGCCAUUUGAUUAUUUUGAAUUCCUUAAGUUUUUUUCGGCCUGGGCACCUAAGGCUCAGCCUAAUCAGUGUGCUUUAAAGGCUUAUUGUGGUGUGUGAUAUUCGUAAUCUUAAAUUAAAGCAACCUUAUGAGGUCGCUGUUUUUUUUUUUUUUUCCUUUACUUUGUAAUAACUAAUAAUGAAAGGGUGACUGUUGGUGCGGU